GUUCUUGAUUGGGAGAGGGAAGAGUGGCAUGUGAAAUUCGCUUCAUUUGUGCGUGAAAUACGCGUCAUAGGAGGGUUUUACCAGGCGGCUUUAGUCUCGUUGAGAAAUGGCUGACAUGGAUUUUGUUGAGAGGGUAGCUGCGCUUUAUGUGCUAUGGAAGGCUGAAAAACUGCGUAGACUCGUUCAGUGCUGUGUCUGGGUCCAUCAGAUCCUUCAGAGGUGCACCCAGCUUUGUGAGUUUCACCAACUCCUCCAGGAGUUCCUCCAGGAGCCUAGAUGACGGCCGCUUUCAGCGGUACUUCCGACUGAGCCGGUCCCAGUGUGAUGACCUGUUGUCCCGUGUCGGUGGGAGGAUUUCCAUCCAGGACACCAACUACAGGCACUCUAUUCCACCUGCAGAGCGCCUGUCCAUCUGUCUCCGAUAUCUGGCCACUGGAGACUCCUUUCAGACCAUCGCCAGCAGCUUCUGUGUUGGUGUCACCACAGUCUGCAAGGUUGUCCCAGAUGUGGUGACUGCAAUCAGGGACUGCUUAGUGGAGGAGUUCAUGGCUGUGCCCUCCACAGAUGAAUGGAGGUCCAUUGCAGAGGGUUUCGAGGAGAGGAGGAACUUCCUGCUCUGCUGUGGAGCAUUAGACAGCAAGCACGUCCUGAUAAAGGAACCCCCCCAACACCGGAUCCCAGUUCCACAACUACAAGGGAACUUUUUCCUUAGUCCUCCUUGCUGUUGUGGAUGCAAGGUAUUGCUUCCGGGUGAUUGAUGUCGGGGGAUAUGGGCGGACAAGCGAUGGUGGGACUCUGGCCAACUCAGCAUUUGGCCAGGCACUCCGUAGUGGCACCCUCCAUCUGCGAACCUGACUGUCCACUCCCAGGAGCUGACCACAGAGGACCCCAGCCCCAUGUCUUUGUGGCAGAUGAGGCCUUUCCCCUCAGGAAAAACCUCAUGAGGCCAUUCCCUGGGUGCACCCUUCCCCAAGAGAGACGGGUCUUUAAUUACCAUCUCUCCAGAGCCCGGCUGGUGGUGGAGAACGCCUUCGGGAUCCUGUCCUCACAGUGGAGGAUGUAUCGCCGCCUCAUAGAGGUUCAGCCUGAUGUUGUGAAGAGGUGUGUGAAGGUGAUGUGUGUUCUCCACAACUUUAUGAGGAGAUCUGCAGAGGCACCUGCUGUGAGGGGGGCGGUGCAAGGUGCCGAGGACUCGAUGCAAAUUCUCGGUCGGGUUGCAGCCAAUAAUUCUGUCCGAGAGGCCAUUCGGGUCAGGGACAGCUUCAUGGCUCACUUUUCAGCCAAGGGAGCAGUCCCGUGGCAACCGACUGAAUGGUUGUUUAUUAUAUCCUGUGCUGAUUAUGUCCUUUAUAUUUAGCUCUUUUAAAUAUUCCCAUUCUUCUGUCUUUUCUUUUGAUUUACACCCUUUAUAUAUUGUAAAUAAUUUUUUCAAUCUCUCUUGUAAAUAUUGCUAUCUUUUUUCAUCCUUAAAUCUUGUAAAUCUUUCAUCAUUUUCAAAAAAUUUUUGUUCAAGUUUAGAUUUAGUUUUCUUGUUUUCAAAUGAUAAAUGGAGCUAGCCUCCAAAAGGAAUCCAUGUCUCGUUGCUGCAUUCUCAUUACACUAUACCACAACACUAGUCCAAACACAAAUAACUAUUUUUACUAUACUAUUGUGAGUGUAUUUGCACUAGGAUAUAAUUAGAAUGAAUGUACAAAUGUUUGCCAUAAGUAUUCUAGUCUUAACAUAUAAAUAAUAUUUUUAUUUAACAAAUACAAAUUAUGAUUUACUAUGUUGUGCACAAAACAACACACCAAAACCUCUGGUCAUUGUAUAGAACAUAUAUUUAUACAAAA